CCAUUAAGGUGCUAUUAAGAGUCUUUUGUCACACAAUAGCACUCCCAUUGAGAGUCAUUACCAGCACUAUAUAAAUGCAAAUAAAGUGGUUUUUCAGGUUUACUUGACAUUGAAGAUUAGCUAAAGGCACUGUUGCUAGGCAGACUUCAGGAGGCAACAGAGAACCUGCAGUUCAGAGGAUAAACACCGGAGGGCACCCCAACACAAGAAAACAGGAAUCAUGACUUCUAAGGCAAAAAUUAAGGCCGAAGAGCAAUUCAAAGAAGCUGAACACAGGCGACAAAUGGAGAUGAAAGAAAGAGAAGAACAAAUCAAAGAGGCAGCACACAAAAGAAAACUAGAAGAAGAAGAGGUGGCCCACCGAAGGAAACAAGCAGAAGAAGAGUUGGCCCACAGAAGAAAGCACGAAGAAGAAGAGGCAGCCCACAGAAGACAGAUAGAACUCCAGAGGGAAGCCCACCAACAGGCCAUGGAAUUAGAAAAGGCUAAGCAACAGACUCCAGCCAAUCCUAACAACCCAUCGCCCAUUAUUGCUCCACAGCACAGGAAAUUUCCCACCUACAAGGCAGGUGAUGACACCGAGGCCUUCUUGGAAAACUUUGAAAGAGCCUGUCUUGGGUACAGCAUCCCCGAAGACCAGUACAUGGUAGAAUUAAGGCCACACCUCAGUGGACCUUUAGCAGAGGUGGCAGCUGAAAUGCCUAAGCAGCAAAUGAAUGACUAUAAACUUUUUCAAACCAAGGCCAGAUACAGGAUGGGGAUAACCCCAGAUCAUGCCCGUCGGCGCUUCAGAACCCAAAAGUGGAAACCAGAGGUGUCAUUUCCCAAACACGCCUACUACAUUGCAAAAAACUAUGAGGCCUGGCUAACAGGAAACAACAUUCAAACCUUGGAAGAACUGAACCUCCUCAUACAAAUGGAGCAGUUCUUGGAUGGUGUUCCUGAAGACAUCACACGGUACAUACAAGAUGGAAAACCCAAAGAUAUCGCUGAGGCGGGGGAGAUUGGAGCCAAAUGGAUGGAACUGGCAGAAAGCAAGAAAGCUACUGUCAAGGGGAACGAUUACCACAGGGGGCACACAGACCAUAAACCCUACCACCGAGGACAGCCAAAGACCCCACAUACCACCCAAGUAAAGCCACACAUACCCUACCCUUCAACCUCACCAGUCUCCAGUAACUCACCUCGGCCCAGUGACCCAUCAGAUGGAAGAUGCUUUAAGUGUAAUGAACCGGGACAUAUCAAGGCCAAGUGUCCCAAGAACACCAUGCGAGUGCAAUUCAUUACACCACCAUCACACCAAAGAUCCCCAGGCCCGGAUGCCUCUCAAAUACCCUUGGAGCGAAGGGAAAAUUUGAGAGUGGGCGGAAAGAAGGUUACUGCGUGGAAAGACACGGGGGCACAAGUGUCAGCUAUCCACCAAUCCUUCGUUGACCCCAAAUUCAUCAACCCAAAGGCCAAAGUUACAAUUUACCCCUUCAUGUCACAAGCUGUAGACUUGCCUACAGCUCAACUGCCUGUCCAGUACAAAGGCUGGUCAGGAAUUUGGACUUUUGCAGUCUAUGACAAUUAUCCUAUCCCCAUGCUACUGGGGGAAGACUUGGCCAACCAGGUGAGGCGGGCCAAGAGAGUGGGAAUGGUUACACGUAGCCAAACCAGGCAAGCUUCCAGACCCAUUCCUGUUCCUGAGCCGUCCACAGAGGCCCCGUCUGUGUUACCAGAGACCCAGACAGAGGUAGUGGACCCGGAUUCCAUGCCUACCACUGAAACAGCCACAGCAUCUCCAGUCCCAAACGGCCCUGACAGGAUCUGUCAUUGUUCAGAUGGUGAAUCUCCGGGACACAAGUUACCUCUGCUGAAUGGAAUGGAUAAAUUCAGAGAUCCUCGGCUGUUGAUAGCUGAAGAAAUGGAAUUGAAGGCAUCAGAAAAAAAGGGAGACAAAAGUACAGACAGACUUGCUGGACUUGGCAAGAAUGGGGAAGUUAAACCUGCCACUGAGGACUUCCAGUUCUGCUGUCUUCUCCAAAAUCACCUCAACACAAAGACUCUCAUUGCUCUUCCCUAA